AAUCUCAUUAAUCAUCAACCUAAUGAUGAACUGUUAUGCAAUUCAAAUAUUUAUUCAUAAAAUCAGUAUGCAACCCAACGAGCCCAUUUAUCCUUUUUGCAGAUUCAUCGUUUUCUUUUGCGGCUUUUCUGCAAACGCAGGAAACAGGUGAAAAAAUGUGGAAUUUUACUUUGCGCGAUUUCACGAAACAAGCAAAAAUAAUUUCGAUUUGUUAACAGUUUCGUAUAUUCAAUUUUAGUUUGAACGAUACGUUCUUCAAACUGAAAUGGAUUUAAAAGUACUGUUGUUUUUCUUGUAUUUCGGAUGCGCUUUUGCCAGGCAAAUAUUGCAGGAUGCUGAUAGAGACGUAGAUUGGAUGGGCGUCAGUAAAAAGGAACCAAUUGUUAAUGCUAAUUAUAAGUAUGAAGGUUUUGAGAAUUCGGAUAAUUCCAAGAGAUCGCAUGCGGAUGAUAAGUAUGCGAAAUACAAGUGCAUGCAGACUUUCGAUUUGCAGGAGAGGGCGAGCGAUGUUGUGUAUGCGAACAAUUUGCGUGAGGAGGUGUCCAAAUUGCAGGAUCUGGUGCAGGUGUUGCGUGACCAACAAUAUAUUCUGAAAAUUCUCAACGAGAUGGACUCUAAUAAUCACCAGGACUUCAUUCCGCAUUCUAUGCUGAAGCACUUGAAGAAGAUAGAUGAAGAAAAGGAGGACUUUGAUAUAAGGCAAAACGUAGAUGGUAACAACGAGGUCGAUAUGCUGAGGAAAGAGAUCGAAGCUUUAAAGUCUACCAUCUCCAAGCCGAAGGAAUACAGGAAGCUGGACGAUGAGAUGCACCUUCAACGUGACGAAAUACUAUUACUGAAGAACAUGUUGGAUAAGGUUCUCAACAAAAACGAUGCCGGUAAUUAUGGAAAGGAGAAAAGCAAUGUUACACAAAUGAUUUACGAGUUGUCGAAAAUCGAAAAUAAAUUGGGACAUAUUUCCAAUAAGAAUAAUACUGAAGAAAUUUUAGGUUCGGCUGCGCCGAAUUUACCUACGAAACAAAACUUAUCUUCAAUUCACAAUUUAUCCAGAUCCGCGAAACAAAACGACAUGGAGUCGAUAAUGUCUUUACUAGGGAGAAAGGCUAAAAGCAACGUGGAUAACGACGAAAUUACGAUUUUACUCAAGAAAUUGAGCAAGCAAAGCAAAACUAAUUCGCUGGAGUUGGAUGAGGAUGAUGUGCAGGAGCAGCUGUUGGAUCUGCAAAAGAAGCUGAAGAAGAAAAAGAAGAAGAAGACUAGUAUGGAGGAUCAACUCAAGAAAUUGGAGAAACAGAUCAAAUUGCAGAGCAAAACAAUUGAUGAUGAUGAUGAUGAUAUUGACGAUGAUGAUGAUGAAAGCGAUUCUAAGGCUCAGAUGAAGAAAAUACAAUUAGCUUUGAAGAAGUUAAAAAAGAAAGAAAAAGUGCAGAGCAAAACUGAUGAUGACGAUGAUGAUAUGGAGAGUCAAUUGAAGCAAUUGGCAGUGGUCAUUAGAGGUAUGCAAUCUAAAAACGAAGAAGAUGAAAACGAUGGGUCCGAAUUUAAUCUGCAUUUGAAUAAAUUGAUUUCGAAAAAUAACGGACCUAAACUAAGUCAAUCGGAAAUCAGGGUUUUGAGGAAAAAGAUCAUGGCCAUGAAACAAGGAAAUCAUAAUAAUAACAACCAUCAUAACAAUAAUAAUGAUGAUGAUGAAGAUGAUAAACCGGUCUUCAGCUACGAAGAAAUCGGUAGCGAGGAAGAUUAUCCGAAGCACUACAAUCCUCCCAAUCAUUACCAGUACGGUUACAGUAAGAAAACUCAAUUCGGUGCUUAUCCAAAUCCCAAUUACGGAUACAAUCCGUACUACAAUCCGAACAUCAAUUACAACCAAUACAGUGCAAAUCAGAAUUACUAUCCAAGACCGAAUCAUUAUCAAAAACAGUUUGUACCAAAUCCACCUCCUUAUAAUCCGAACAGCAAUAUUGUUAAUAACAACAAUUACGAUUCUAAUGCCAACUACAAGCCGAGUUACUCGAGCACUGUUAAACAGUAUGCAAAUCCGCAGUAUUCGCAGGAUGCCAAAGUACCAGCACAUCCGGCACCGCAAAUUCAGUAUGCGCCACCGAAAGCAGAAGAGGUUCAUCCGCAACCUGCAUACGCCCCACCGCCAGUGAAAAGCUCGCCGCAAUUUUUUCCAGCUCCAUCUCAGCAGAAAAUUUCUACGCCGACUUACAAUCCGAAUCCUCCGCAGAAUCUGCAAGAACCGUACGACCAUCCACUACAAAAUCCGAGCCCUGAGCAGAAAGUUUCCGAUCUGAAGAAUCAAAUUUACGAACUGCAAGGCGUCAUCGACACGUUCAACAAACCGGAAUAUCUUCAGCAACCUGAAGAUAAAGAAACCGUGUACAAUUUGGACAGGCAAAUCAAAGAUCUGAAAGUCGUUAUAAACAAUAUAACUCAAGACUAUCCAACUUAUCAGAACACAGAGGAAGUUAAACCACCAGUUGUUCCUGCAGCCAGAUACUCAAGAGUUACAGAGGAGCCGGAGUUUCGCAAUUACGAUUUGCGUAAGCAUCGUAAGAUUUUAGAUUUGUCCAAAAGGGACGUGUCGUUUGCAGGUGAAGAUGAUUCCUCACCGAAAAUAGAGAAUUGCGACGAAAAUUACGCGUUCAAACCCAAUCCGAAGAAUAAUGUAAAAAAAACGAGGAAUAAACGCAAUGGCGAGAGCAGCGAAGAGGCGGAAUCUGCACUUGGUGUGCUUACUUCUCUUUUCGGGCAAGCGUUAGGAGCGAGCGAAGAAGAGGCGGAAGAUGUAAGAGCUAGAGGUAGUAAAACCCAGCCUAAAGUUUUCGGCGACGUGGAAAGGCGGAUCGAGGAGCUCAAGAAACAGUUAGGCUCAGUUAAUCCGCGAAGCAAUUACUAUCAGCCCUACUAUCCUGGCUACGCAGACGAGGCGGUUGAAGAGGAGAAGGAAAGUAAAGAUUUAUUUAAGACUAAGAAAAAGAGUAAAAAGUUAGAUUUGUUCGAAAAGAUAUUCGAUAAGAUAUUAAAUAAAGUAAUUGAUAAAGCCAAAGUAGCGUUACCUAAGCUUCUGGAGGCUUUAGUUGGUAAACUGGACUUUAGUAGUUAUUAUGCAGACGAUGGGUACGGCGAUGGAUAUGGUAACGGAGGCUACCAGAUGGACAAGAGUUACAAAUCCAAUUUCGGUCUAUCCGGUAUCCUGCCGAUGAUCGUAAUCAAAGUCAUAUCGAACAUCAGUUACUUCGUUAGUUAUCUGCAGAAAUAUAGGUUCCUUAGAGUCUUUUUAGUACCAGCUCUUGUACUGUUAAUUGUUGCUGGAGCUAUAAUAUUUUUAGUUUGGUGGAUGCAACCAUCCGACGAUUACCAACAGACCAAUUACAAUGUUAAUUCCAAUUACGAAGGUGGCAGCAAUUAUGGAAACAACUACAAUACGUAUGGUAGUCCUGGAUACAGCAAAAAAUAUUCACCCAAUAGCUAUAGUAAACCGAAUUAUAAUAAUUAUAGAUCUUCGGAAAAUCAAAUAAAUGACUAGACUUA